AUGAUUGUAGGAGAAUAUCAUCAUAUAGAUUAUAAAGAAAAACGUCAAAAACAAUUUGAAAAAGAACAAAAUAAUCGUGAAAAUUUAUCAGAUCAUCACGGUUACCGAUUAAAUCAAGAUCGAACAGUUAAUCAUUAUGAUUCUCAUUCUGUUUUAUCAAAUUCAUCAAUUCAUAAUAAAUAUCAAAUAACAAACAGUAAUGAUUUAAUAAAAUUACAUCAAACAGAUCAAAAUAGUUUCUGUAUAACAAUGGCUAAAAGUGUACAUUUUCGUGCUUUACAUUCUUCUUUUGUACUUGAUGGUAUUGAUAUUUCUUAUCGUUUUCAACAUGAUCGAAACAUUCUACGAGAUACUUGUCAUCGCUUUCAUAGUUCUGUUAAUAUGGAUUCAAAUAUAAUACAAAAUGAAAAUAAUGACUUUCUACAAACUACAUCCGUGUCCGAUGAUGAUGCUUUGCAAUCUCGAACUGGAAUUAGUCAACUAACUGAUGAAAAUUUAUAUUCUUCAAUGUUUCAAUUAAAUGUUGAUUCGAAAAAAAUCAUUCAUUUCAUUCUCGUUUUAUGUACACAUAGAAUGAAAAAAAUCUAUAGAUUAUUAGAAUCAUUAUUGAAAUCAUAUGUUUCACAAAAUAUUUCUAUUGUUUAUGUUACAUUUGAUGAGAUUAAAUCGUUCAUAAUCAAAUAUGAACAAAUUUCACAUGAAAUUCUUCAAAAAGGUAUUUCAACUUCUGCUACAUUACAAAAUUCUUAUAACACAUCUUCAUCAACUAUAUCUACUAAAAAGAAUUUAUUCAAACCAAACACAAUUUUAUUUCAAUCAGUUAACUUAAAAAAAGAAUUUAAUACUAAUGCAAAUGUAAAUAACGAAAAUAUAAUAGAUUCAAUAUCAGAGAAAGAUGUUCUCGAUUUAUCACCGAAAACAAAUGAUACAAUAGAAAAGAUUGAUUUAUUUAAUGAAGAAUUUUUACUCGAUUAUCUUCGAAAAACAUCACUUGUUCUUAUAUUCAUGAAACAUUUAGAUGAGAUGUAUCUCAGUGCAUUUAUUCAAUGGUAUACUGAAGUUCUUAUCAAAUCUGAUGUGCAUUCCAAUCAAACAUUCAGAUCUAAUAGUUGGAAUAAAACUAUUGAACACUGUUGGCUUGUAACAAGUGAUUAUCAACGUGCACAAACAGUUUUUAGUAUUCCAAAAACGAACUUAUUUCUCUGGCCAACAGAACAUAACGAUUUUGAUCAUAUGUCAAUUAUUAUUUCAUCGAUUCUUAUUCUACCUGUUGCACUAACUAUCAAUUAUGAGUUUGUAUUAAUUCAUUUUUUAUUUAUUUCGAAUAUCAUCAAAUAG